GAGAGAAAGAGACAGAGCACUAUUAUAUUUUUGUUCUGAAACAACAAUAGUUUCCAUUAUCCACCGUGUUCGAGGCCUCCCAGCACUGUCAUCCCUUCAAUUGCUCACUGGCGAGGUCAGCUUCAAGUGUUUUUCAGACAUUGUGCUGAAGUAAGAAGAAUGAGCCGUGUUCAGGGUCUGAGGGCCGACUCCCCUCAGUUCACUCUGGAGGGAGAGCCUUUCCGCAUCCUGGGAGGCUCUAUACAUUACUUCCGUGUCCCCAGAGCCUACUGGGAGGACCGGCUGCUGAAGAUGAGGGCCUGUGGUCUCAAUACUCUCACGACAUAUGUGCCAUGGAACCUGCAUGAACCUGAGAGAGGAACAUUCAACUUUCAGGAUCAGUUGGACCUCAGGGCUUAUGUCAGUUUAGCAGCAGAGAUGGGUCUCUGGGUGAUCCUGCGUCCUGGACCUUACAUUUGUGCUGAAUGGGACUUGGGUGGGUUGCCUAGCUGGUUGUUACAAGAUAAAAACAUACAGUUGAGGACAACAUAUCCCGGAUUUGUAGAUACUGUCAACCUGUACUUUGACAAGCUUGUCUCAGUGAUCAAACCCAUGAUGUUUGAAGAAGGAGGCCCAAUCAUUGCAGUUCAACUGGAGAACGAAUAUGGAUCAUACGCCAAAGAUGAAAGAUACAUGCCGUUUAUAAAAGACUGCCUCCAGUCUAGAGGGAUCAAUGAGCUUCUGCUGACUUCAGACAACUGGGAAGGCUUGAGAUAUGGAGGGAUGGAGGGAGUUCUAAAAACCAUAAACCUUCAAAGACUGUCAUUUGGAGCGAUUCAGUGCUUAGCUGACAUGCAGCCACAGAAACCUCUGAUGGUUAUGGAGUAUUGGAGUGGCUGGUUUGACGUCUGGGGAGAGCAUCACCAUGUUUUCCAUGCUGAAGACAUGCUAGCUGUGGUGUCAGAGAUCCUGGAAAGAGGCGUUUCCAUUAACCUGUACAUGUUCCAUGGUGGAACCAGCUUCGGCUUCAUGAAUGGAGCGAUGGACUUUGGCACCUACAAACCUCAGAUCACCAGUUAUGACUAUGAUGCUCCCUUAGCUGAGGCUGGAGACUGCACCACAAAAUAUCACCUGUUGAGGAACUUAUUCAGCCAGUACCACUCUGAGCCUCUUCCUGAAGUGCCCUCUCCUCAGGAGAGGAGAGCAUAUGAUGCUGUUGUCAUCCAGCAGUACCUGUCACUGUGGGACAGCCUGCACUUCACCGAAAAGGACACUCCCUGACGGACAGGGAGACAGGACAUUGAGUUUACUUGUGGAGAACUGUGGAAGAGUGAAUUAUGGAAAAGCUCUGGAUGAACAGCGCAAAGGUAUUGUGGGAGACAUUGUGUUGAAUCACACACCUUUGAGGGGAUUCACCAUCUUCUGUUUAGAUAUGAAGCCAGGCUUUAUAAAAAGGUUAACAAAUUCAGGUCAGUGGAAGAGUGAUUUGAAGUCAUCCUCGCUCCCAGGGUUUUUCCAGGCCAGAUUGCAUGUGGACGGCCCUCCCAGAGACACCUUCAUCAGACUCCCAGGUUGGGGUAAAGGAGCUGUGUUUGUCAAUGGGCAGAACCUUGGACGCCACUGGCUCAUCGGUCCCCAGAAUUUCCUUUACCUCCCAGGACCCUGGCUCAGAAGCGGAGAGAAUCAGAUCAUUGUAUUUGAGGAACAAAAAGCAGAUGACAAAAUACAGUUUGCUGAAAAUCCUGAACAUGGAAAGACAACUGAUGUUUACAAACUUCCCUUUUGCACAUUGCUGUGAAAAUAAUAAAAACACUCACUCAAACACACACACACACACACACACACACACACACACACACACACACACACACACACACACACACACACAC